CGGAACCGGAAGUAGCGGGGGACGCGCCGGUCCCCAGCAUGGCGGCCGCCUGGCCCUCCGGGCCGGCUGCUCCGGAGGCCGUGGCCGCCCAGCUCCUGGGCGUCCUGUGGCUCGUGUCAGUCACCACGGGACCUUGGGGAGCGGCUGCCAUCGCCGCAGCCGGUGGCGAGGAGACGCUUAAGUGCGAGGACCUCAAAUUGGGACAAUAUAUUUGUAAAGAUCCAAAAAUAAAUGAUGCUACACAAGAACCAGUUAACUGUACAAACUACACAGCUCAUGUUCCUUGUUUUCCAGCACCCAACGUAACUUGUAAGGAUUUCAGUGGCAAUGAAACACAUUUUACUGGAAAUGAAGUUGGUUUUCUGAAGCCUAUAUCUUGCCGAAACGUAAAUGGCUAUUCAUACAAAGUGGCAGUUGCACUGUCUCUUUUUCUUGGAUGGUUGGGAGCAGAUCGAUUUUACCUUGGAUACCCUGCCUUGGGUUUGUUAAAGUUUUGCACUGUAGGUUUUUGUGGAAUUGGGAGCUUAAUUGAUUUCAUUCUUAUUUCAAUGCAGAUUGUUGGACCUUCAGAUGGAAGUAGUUACAUUAUAGAUUAUUAUGGAACCAGACUCACAAGACUGAGUAUUACUAAUGAGACGUUCAGAAAAACACAGCUAUAUCCAUAAAUAUUUUUAAGAAGAAACAGAUUUGGGCUCCCUUGAUUUCAAUCAGUGUGUGGAUUUCCAGAUUUUCCUUUUUCUUCUUCACAUACCACUUUAUGGAUUCUAUAUCACUUUUUGUUGUUCUUGAUAUUUUUUUGUUUUGUUGCUUUACUUGAAAGCAUGUAAUUCUGAGAUUUAUUUAAUUGGACUUUCUUUGAGAGCUGUGUGCUAAUAGAGUCAUGCGUGGGCUACUGUCUCUAUGAGAUAGCUUAUUACCCCGAUAUUCUUUAAUGUCCUUUCCAAAGGCAAGUUGCCACUUGCCAUUUUCGCUUCUGAAAAAUAAAAGUAUGACUUAUUCACAUUUUUUAGUGCUUUAUUGUCAAGAAAACCUUAAAUAUUGAAUGCUGCUGUCUUCUGCAUUUUGAUCCUUCAAAACAGUUAAUCCACAAUGUGAACAUAAACCAUUACUCUAUUGCCUGGGGCCACAGUUGUGUAUGAGAACCCACCUGUUUUUCUGCAGCUUGCAGAUCUGUCUCUGCCUUGGUAUCCAGGGAGCACAAGAUCACUGGGGAGUCUGAGACCUUGAGGCUACAUGGAUACUUCUGGCGCUGAUUCAGGCCUCUGAAACGUGAACUUUUUCCUUUUUGCUUUGGGAGUGAUGCACUAGCUUUUGGAAGACCAGCUGCUGACUCAUCUAGCUCAGUGCAGUUAUUUUUGAAGCUGGAUGGACAAGGUGGGAACACCAAACACAUGAUUAAUGUCUUCCAUCUGUUUGCACUGCCAGGCAGAUGUUGGCACAAGUGCCAUCAGGGAUGCACCAGUGUCUGAAGGAAGCAGCCCCUGUACAUUACCACUGGGUUUCUUACUGUGUUUAGGAGGGUUGUAAGAAGAUGGAAACACAUGAAAUGUUAUGUCCUCAGUUAUAUCAUGCUUUCUUUAGUAACAAGCAUAGUGAUUUCACAAUUACUUCAGUCCAGACUCCUUGGGAGGAAAUACCAUAAUUUUUAUCACUCAUUUUAUUCAAAAGUAUGCAGUUAUAGUACAGUUAGCUUCAUAACAUCUUCAUCAUUCAGUAACAGCUUCUCCAUUUGGUGGGAGAUUUUGCAGUAUCAAUAAAUAACAUGAAAUUGGAUUGACUCCUCAUGUACAUGAAGAAUGGUCUCUGAUUCAUUUGUUAGUUAAAAUACUGAGUGUCUACUCUGUGGGAGACACUGUUCUAGAUGCUGGGGUGCAGCAGUGAACAAAACACAAACGAACAUGCCUGUCCUUAAGGAGCUUAUGUUCCCUGGGGACCAAUUUUUCACAGUUGUAGUAUUUCUAUACUAUCGAUGGUUAAGCUAGCUGGUAGAUGCCCAUUUUCUAGUAUUUCCUAGUUCCUUUUGAUUGCAGAGAGUGCUUUGGAGUUUAACCUCAGGAUCACCUAAGCCCAGAUUUGAAGCCUUUAUGUUUCUACAGCCAUGUAGGUUCAGUUAUGUAAGAAAUACUUGGAAUCAAAUCUUGAAAAGUAAUCUUGAUUCUUGCUGUGAUUGUUAGUUAUUAAGUUGAUUAGUGGGAAGUCUGUUUGAAAGCAGGUGCUUCUCCAAGUAUUUAUUCAUAUAAGCUGUAUUCCAAAAGGGUUUUAGAUAAAAUCUGGAAAUAAAGUCUCUUUGCAAUACAUUCUUAAACCUGUAGAUUUUAUUUUAUCUAUAAUUUCCUAAAUUUACAUGACAACACUAAAGUUUUUCCAGUUUGCCCAAUUCUCUGUUGCCUAAUAUAUGUAAUUUUUAACAAAUGGUUUUUCUGUAUCUUGUAUUUAUUUUUAUGUAAAUGCAUGUAAUACAUGUAAAUGCAGUUUUGUUUUGCUUCAUUUUGCUUUAAUGGAGCAUUAUUUUAUUUUGGCUGUUAGUAGUGUCUGUGAGUACGAAUCAUAUUUUGAUGCCUCUGUAUGAGAUGUUUUAUAUGAUAACUCUGCUUUUAGAGCAGUGGCCAAAAUUGUGAGAUGGAUUAGCUUGGUCACUACUUGGGUUACUCCUAACACCUGUAAACCUCUAGUAUGGAAUGGAAUGGGUUCUUUCAAUGCUACAGAAACAGUGUGUCUAAAGAAAUAUUUACAAAUGAUAACUACUGAAGCCUAAAAUAAUUAAUACAAUUUCCAGAAGUACUUCUUUACCAAGGAGGAUUUCUUACCUACACUGUAUUAAAAUAAAAGACCUCUUUAGGACCUCAAA